AUAUACAACGGCUGCUUUGGGGAAGAAACAAACAGAAAAGUUUGCACCCCACCCCCUCCCUUGGCUUCUUUUGCCGCUCCCCUUUUCCUCUUCCUCUCUCGCCUUUUCUCCGGUUAUGUGUGACCAAGAGGUGCUGCUUCCUGAACAAAUCCUCGAAAGGCUGGAUACGUCUGUGCACCAGGCACAAAUCCGUGGGAAACUAGACCAGGAUAAUGGCGCCGAAAUUGAUGCUGCAUUGGAUAUGCUCGAACAACUAAUCCUGUGGUCUUAUGAUCGCUACACAAACAUUGAACUCGAAGACGGCUGCGAAGAAGAAGGAGAAGAACAGACAUACCGUGUCCAUCCCCACGACAUUGUACGAGCCAAUCAGAUUUGUGGAUCGUUUCUGGUCAAGAUUGUUUCCGGAGAUUGGGGAGAAUGGCAGGAUGAUCGAGUGGAUAAAGCGGCCCGAUUACUAGCUCAUCUGUCUGGCAGAGGAGCCGCAGGAGCGAUCACUCGUACUUGGCAUUUUCCGUACCUGGAUCCUAAUGGAAAUCGACAAGAGCAUAGGUUCAAGCUACACGAACCGAGUUAUAUUGGCAAUGACAUUGGAUUCAAAACGUGGGGUGCAGCACCAUUAUUGGCAAAAAAACUCAUCCAACAAAAUCUGAUUCCUGACUUGCCAAACCGCACGAUAUUAGAACUGGGAACAGGCACUGGACUCGUCGGAUUAUGCUGUGGCAAGCUGGGCGCGCAGCAAGUGCAUCUGACAGAUUAUCACGAGUCCGUCUUGACCAAUGUCGCCAUGAAUGUCCAGCUCAAUGACCCAUCGUCGUCCUGUGCCACAGUGUCAAAGCUCGAUUUUAUUCAAGUUGCACAGAACCAGGAUCCGUCGUGGGAAGAUCGCACGUUCGAUAUAGUCAUUGCAAGCGAUUUGUUGUAUGAGAUGGAGCAUGCUGAAUAUCUGCCUGUGGCCGUUGAAAAGCUGAUGGAAAACGUGUUUUAUUUCAUGAUACCCUUGCGUCCUACUCAUUGGGAUGAAGUAGAUCUAUUUGAACGCCGAAUGACCCAAGUUGGACUCGUCAAACGUCAAGUAUCUGAGAUCGAGUGUGAGGAAGAGGAGGGCAUCGUUCGAUACCGGUAUUACGAAUACACACGGUGAUAGCUAAUGAUGAUGAUGAUGAUGAUGAUGUUGUUGCGAUGUGAUAUUAGCUCAUUAUAUAUCUGUUGUUGUGUAGUGAUGUUCUCAUUUGUAUCACCUCUCUCUUGUUUUGUAGCAUUUAGAAUAGAUAGUAGACAUACAUUCAUUCAUAGUUAGAUAUUUGCAUAUCCCCCUCUUUUUAGUUUCUUACAAACGUCGUUCUUGACAUUACAUAAUUAAAGUUGAUGUUCAAUCACCCGUGCUUUCUAUCGAAGAA